AUGUGUCUAAACUCGCCACCGAAGACCAGUGAGGCUCCUGCCAUUACUCUCAGCGCAGAACGUCGUGGCGCUGUUGGGGUGCUUGAUCGCAUGAAGCGCAUGCUAGCCAGGGGAGAACUCAGUGACUUGCAGUUCGUCGUGGGACGCCGAUUUGGUACUGAGAAAACGUUCCCCGCGCACAAGAAUAUUGUGUGCAACAGCAGCGAUGUGUUCAACGCGAUGAUUUGUAACGGUGUGGCUGAAUGUUGCCCUUUGGUUAUUCACUUUCCUGACAUUCCUUCAGAAGCCUUCGCCAAUCUGCUGAGUUAUGUGUAUACUAAUUCGGUGGAGGGCAUCAACGAAGAAAACGUCUUCCCAACACUGCACUGCGCUGACAAAUUCGGGUUUUCCUUAUUGGGGGAUAUUUGCUGUGAAUACAUUAUCAAGCAUGUGAAUGCGGAUACCUGCCUCACCACGCUAGAAAAGGCCAGCCGUUGGAGUCCUGACCACGCUAAGAUUGUGGAGAAGUGCUUGGAGAUCGUGGACACUUUUAGUAACGAAAUUCUACGGUCGAAGCAGUUCAGCAGCAUUGGACACGACAGUCUGCAGAUGAUUCUGCAGCGUGCAUCUCUUUCCGCAAAAGAAAAUAUUGUAUACACGGCAGUGAACAGGUGGGCGCUGCAGAAUUGUGAGGAACGCAACUUGGAACCGUCCGCUGCCAAUCGGCGCGAAGUGCUGGGUGCGGCGCUCUUUCUCGUCCGUUUCCCGCUCUUGACGGAUGCUCAACUGGCCGCUGGACCGAUCCAGAGUGGACUACUGCUGCCCACCGAGCUGCGUGAUAUCUUCCUGCACAAGCACGCCCCGGAAAAGCUAACAUUGCCCUUCUCGACGGAGCCGCGCGGCUACAGGUCCAACACCACAUCGGGCAAGACGUUUACGAAACUCCAGAAGGGGACUGUGACCAAAGCUGCAGCGGUGACUGGUACUCAUGGGAAAUUACCGGUACCGGCGUCGCAUCAUGAGCGCAUGCUGGCGCUGGCAAAAUUGGCUAAUAGGCUGUCCAGCGAUGCCGACAGUAGCACAGCUAAUACAGCUGCUGCGGCGAAUAUUAAUCACCCCGCAGAGCCGUACUAUGGAGACACGGUAUACAACCCGAGCCCCGUCAGAUUGAAGGUCGUGUACGGGCGGGACGGAAUGGAAGACACGACCACCCACGGACUGUUCAAAUAA